AGCUCUCCCCGCCUCCUUCCUUCCUUCUGCUUCUUGCUCCUCCGACGGCUCCUUCCUCCUCAAAUCGGCACAAAAUGGGUUUCGGUGACUUGAAAUCAGCCUCCGGGCUGAAAGUGCUGAACGGAUUCCUGUCGGAUCGCAGCUACAUCGAAGGGUACGUGCCGUCCCAGGCUGAUGUGGCGGUGUUCGAGGCCAUCGGGGCAGCGCCGGCGGCCGACCUGUGCCACGCCCUGCGCUGGUACAACCACAUCAAGUCCUACCAGAGCCAGAAGAACAGCCUACCAGGUGUGAAGAAGCCUCUGGGGCAGUACGGGCCCUCCAACAUCGCCGACACCACCACAGGCUCCGCCCCCGCCGCCGUCACCAAGGACGACGACGACGAUGACAUCGACCUGUUCGGCUCCGACGAGGAGGAGGACGCCGAGGCCGCCCGUCUGAAGGAGGAACGAUUGGCCGAGUACGCCGCCAAGAAGUCUAAAAAGCCCGCCCUCAUCGCCAAAUCUUCGAUCCUAUUGGACGUGAAGCCGUGGGACGACGAGACGGACAUGGCCAAGCUGGAGGAGUGUGUUCGCAGUAUCCAGAUGGACGGACUCGUCUGGGGACAAUCCAAACUGGUUCCCGUUGGUUACGGCAUCAAGAAGCUGCAGAUCGGCUGCGUGGUGGAAGACGACAAGGUGGGAACAGACCUCCUGGAGGAACAGAUCACAGCCUUCGAGGACUUCGUCCAGUCGAUGGACGUCGCUGCUUUCAACAAAAUCUGAACACACAGUUAAUAAAGUCAAUAAAAAGCACUUCAACACAAACACA